AUGCAGGGUUUGGUGGCGACGGCCACCACUGGCUCUCUUAUUUUUCUCGCUCCCAGAUAUACCAGGAGGCAUCAUAGUCCAAUCCUAAACAAGUAUGUGAAUCAAAGGGUGUCUUUCCCCAGGUUCGAUUCAUUACCAAAACUACAACUGUCAGCAAACUCAAGAUCUCCUCGUGAGAUUGCUCCUCUUUCAGGUUUUGCAUCAGCAUCAUCUAAACAUCUCUCUGGUCAUGGUUUGCCGCCCUUUGAUGACGGUUUUGGGAGACGUCGACGUCGACAGAGACCAUUUGAGCCUGCGUUCAACGAUAAACUGCCUAAAAUCGCCGAGAGACCUGAAUGGUGGUGGAGGACACUGGCUUGUAUCCCUUAUCUGAUAUCCCUCCAAGUAUCUGACGUCGGAAUCUACGUCCGACCUUUUCUAGAAAAGUACGACGCCACUGGAAACAUUAUUAAAUUCAUCCCCGGAGCGAUAACCAGAUGGCCGAGGUGGUUCUUCAUGUUGUACUGUUACUUGGGUUACACGUUCUUGGUGAAGAACAAGGAAGUGCCUCAUUUUUUUAGGUUUCACGUGAUUAUGGGUAUGCUUCUCGAAACAGGUCUUCAGAUCAUAUGGUGCACCAGCGAUUUCUUCCCGUUGAUUCAUUCCAGAGGAAGGCUUGCGAUGUAUUACGAGACGGCGAUCGGAUUCGCAUACAUCUGUGUGCUUCUUGAAUGCAUACGGUGCGCUCUCGCUGGAGUUUAUCCUCAGAUUCCUUUCGUGACCGAUGCUGCUUCCAUUCACACUCGAGACACCACUAAGGUGAAAAGAUGA